CAGCCUUGAGAGUUCAUGAUGUCUUUUCUUCUUUGCUUCUUUCCAAAUUUAUUUCUAGGCUGUGAGACCUGCCCCGUUGUCCUCAGACUUUGCCCUGUCUUUCACCACGCAUUGUCAUCUUCCCCACUCCGACUUUAUACCCCUUCGAAAGUAAAACGGAAAAUUUCCUGAUCUCUCUGUACGGCAGCCAUGGACGUAUUUCAGUCCCUAGGAGGCAUAUCCUCGGUGGCGAUCGGCCCAAUCCUGAUGAUGAAUUGGCGGAGGAUCGUGGCCUACUUCCCGGCCGUGGAAAGACUCAUCAACGGGCUGGACUCGGAGAAGCUGCUCCACGCGCUGCUGGGAACGCGAACAGGCCUCUCUUUUCUGGGCGUGCUGGGCUCGCUCACAGCCGCCCACUUUCUGCACCUGGCCUGGAAUGGUGCCUGGCGUAUCGUGAUGAGCACCUUCUACACAAAAUGCUCCCUCUCGGAACAUAGCAAUAUCCAUGAUCAGGUUCUGAGCUGGAUCACCAAGAACCCCAAGUUCCAGUCCGCCACAACCGUCAAGAUUAUGGACCGGAGCGAUGACAAGGUGGAGGUCUCGGAUACAGAGGACACCAUUGACAUCGAAAGAAUGGUGAAUGAGAUUCCACCGACUUUCCGGCCCGAGAUUGGCCAGGUCCGCUUCUGGCACAGAGGUGCAUACUUCUGGAUGUACGAGCGCAAGGACAAAAGGCUCGAGUACCACGGCAAGGAGGCACCAGACAACUGGCUGGAUAUCUACUGCUUUAGCUGGAACCGAAGCACAGCGCCGCUGAAAGAUUUGCUCGUGACUAUUUUAAAAGAGGAUGCUGCGGAGAAUUGCGGCAAGACGCUCAUAUGGAGUCCGGUGCAGCACCCGCAUGCCUUCGGCAACACCCCUUUCUGGAACCGGUCUCAAUCACGUCUAAGGCGGCCCUUGAGCACUGUCAUAUUGAACCAGCAGCAGAAGGACACAGUUGUCGACGACAUCAUCAACUUCCUCUCGCGCUCUGGGGUUAUGUGGCACAAGGAGAAAGGAUUGCCUCAUCGUCUGGGCUAUCUAUUCAGUGGCCCUCCUGGCACGGGUAAAUCGUCUCUCGCCUUCGCGCUUGCUAGCAACUUCGGCCUCCCGGUCUACAUGAUCAAUCUGUCUGCCCCGGGACUCAGUGAUAACGAUAUAGAGUCGCUCUUUUCCAGCGUGCCCCGCCACUGCAUUGUCCUUCUCGAGGAUGUGGACGCCACUCAGCCUCUGUCACGGAAACUGGCAGUGUCGAAGGGGACUAACGAGGAGACUGCCUCCCAACCUCCGCCGCUAGACUUGGAUGAGGAAGACAUGCCAAUGAUGCCAUUGCCGCCGGGUCGUAGGGGCAAGCGUCCGGGCGAGAGGCGCGGCAACACGGUCACCCUGAGCGGCCUCCUCAACGCCAUUGAUGGAGUUGCAGCAUCGGAAGGGCGCAUUCUGAUCAUGACAACAAACCACAUCGAGAAUCUUGACGAGGCGUUGAUCCGAACGGGGCGGGCUGACCGCAUUGUAACAUUCACGUACGCCACCAAGCAGCAGGCGGGAGAGAUGUUCUCAAACGCCUACACGGGCGCCCGCUGGGGUCAUCACAUGUCACGCGAGGCCGUGGCGCGGCACCCGGAGAUGGAAGAGUGGGAUGACAGCGACAUUCCACCGCUGGCAGCCGAGUUUGCGGAGCGCAUACGCGGGGGCGAGUUCAGCCCGGCCCUUCUACAGCAGUAUUUCAAGGACUUCCGCGCGGAGCCCCGCCGCGCCGUCCGCGAGUUGGGCUCCUGGAUGGGGGACCCCCGCGCGUACCGGAAGCCUUCUCUCAGGCACGAGCACGCCGCGGCUGUGGCCACUCCAGGUGACGCGGGAGAGAAAGCGUCUGAGCACAGCAACGGCGUUGCUGAAGCCUCGAAGGGACCUGAGUAGACAUCUCCCUGGGUUGACCCGGUUGACUCGAAUAGGACUGCCUUGACCACAGCUCUAGAGAUCGGGCUUGGUCUCGAGAGGCAUCUCAAAGUGUACCAGAACCGUGGUAUAGCACCUCACUGGCCCAAAAAGAUAGAAGGCGUCUCUUGUAGCUAGUACUGCAUAGAAUGGAUAGUUGGAAGGAUUUGGAUCCUUAGCUGCCUCGUCCUUUAUGAUGAAAAAAGAUGAUAAAUUAAAUGGUUCGUAGUCCUAGAAAUAGUUGGAUUCUAGGUGUCAGCCGGAGUCCUUGAAUCUCAUUGGGCCUCUUUCCAAAA